UCAGCAGGUUGUGACCCAAACAACAUUCAUAGUUUUUAUGUAACCUCAAAUUAUGUUGAAUGGAGAAAUUUCGCAUUUUAUUCUCUCGUCUUCCAUGUAGAUCUACAGAUUUCGAUUGCUUUAUUAAAUUUAAAAUAGCAGCGUUGUCAUAUUCAAGGCUAUUUUAUAAUGAUUAUUCUACCUCAUCGAAACAAUCUGCAACAGUUAUUGACAUGUCUCAAAACGUUAGUGAAAAUCAAAAUAAAAAAUUCUAUAAAGUCGUAUUGACUGGGGGUCCAUGUGGGGGUAAAACUACAGGUCAGAUCAGGCUUGGAACGUUUUUUGAAAACUUAGGAUGGAAGGUAUAUCGCUCCCCAGAAUCAGCUUUGGCCUACCUGAGUGGAGGAGUCAGGUUUCAGGAGUUAAACAGAGAACAAGCUUUCAAGUUCCAAGAAGACAUCAUAAAGACCAUGAUGGUUAUAGAAGAUACAUUCCACCAUCUGGCAGCAGUCAGACAGAAGAAUGUCUUGUUGAUCUGUGAUAGGGGCGUCAUGGAUGGCUCAGCAUACCUGCAACCCGGUGAUUGGGGCAAGAUGAAAGAACUAAAUGGCUGGAAUGAGGUGAACCUGAGAGAUAAACGCUAUGACCAGGUUAUUCAUAUGGUGUCCUCAUCCAAAGGGGCGGAGGCUUUCUACUCCACUGAUGGUCACAUGACCAGACACGAGGACCUAGAGGAUGCCAGACAGCUGGACUCUGUCACAGCUGACGCCUGGGUAGGCCACCCCUAUUAUGAUGUGAUUGACAACUCCACUGACUUUGACACUAAAAUUUCCAGAAUGAUUGCUGCAGUGUGUGCCAGGGUUGGAAUUGAUGCCCAAGACAGACUGGCACCCAACAGCAUCAAGAGAAAGUUUUUGGUCUCAUGUCUGCCUACUGAUGAGGAGUUCCCCCACUACCAGGAGUUUGAUGUCAUCCAUGAUUAUCUAGUUACCCCCAGCAGAAAGAUGCAAGCCAGACUUCGGAAACGUGGCCAGGCCAACAACUGGACCUACUCACAUACGAUACGUCGUCCUGAAAUCAAUGAUCAGAGUGUUGAGUUACGUAUGCCCAUCUCAGAGAAAGACUAUCAGAUCCUCAUGGCCCAGCGUGAUGACCAUCACUACACCAUUUACAAGACCCGGCGCUGCUUCCUGUGGAACAAUAACUACUACCAGCUGGACAUAUAUAAGGAGCCUGCUCCCCCAAGGUGUAUGGGCUUGUUGAUAUUAGAGGUUUUCACAACAGAAAGAAAACAGCUAGCAUUGCCAGAUUUUCUUCAAGUUGAAAAGGAAGUGACUUAUGACCCCAAUUAUUCUAUGUUUAACAUGUCUAUAAAAUCGUGAGUUUAGUUCACCCAGAGAACAAAACAAAUUGUAAAUAUUAGGUCAUUAUAUUUAUUGAUUUGUCAUAGCCAACUGUUCAUCAGGGUAGGCUCUAACACUUCAGCUGUAGUAGAGAGUAGUGUGUUUGUAGUGCUUCACAUACAGGGCAUUAGGGUUGUAGCAUGACCAUAUUUACAUGGCUAGUUUUGUAAACUGUACAGAUGGUAUUUUUGUAGAGUUGUAACUUGUAAGGAAAUUAUGAUUGUUGUAGUUUUGUUAGUUGUUGUAUUAUGAAUGUAGUGUUACAGUUUUGUAAA